CCUGGCCAGAAAGUCACCGCUAGAGAUCAAGCCAUCAAUUUCGCCACCUUUGUCCAGGAACUCUACUUUAAAAAGAACGUCGCCACAGCGUUCACAGAUCACGCGCUCGAGAGUUACAUCCAGCACAAUCCUCUCAUGGAGCAAGGCCGAGCUGCAGCAAUCUCCUUCCUGGGAGAAAACUUCCCUAAAUGGAACGUUACGGUUCGCCAUCAUGGAUUCGAUAAUGGGAUUGGAUGGGUGCAUUGGAAACUGGAGGGAUUUGGUACGGCGAGAUAUAACGCGGUGGUGGAUGUCUUUAGAUAUGAGGGAGGGUGUAUUGCAGAGCAUUGGGAUUCGAUUCAAGCGGCUCCUGCGCUAAACGAAACUACCAAUCCCUACGAGCUGAUCUAG